AUCAAUAAUAAUAAACUAUAUAGAACGCAAAUACUUCGUAACAUAAACCUUGCAAUAUAUUUGAUGAACUAUGAAAUAAUAUUUGUUCAAUGUAAGACCACAUUUUGCAAAUGUUGAGGAUAAUUAAUAGAAACGACAUUUGAUCCGAAAUAUAUGUAUGUAUACGUUCAAUUUUAGACGUAUAGUACUCGUUUCUGUUCAUUACUGCUCCAUGCUAUAUUAUCUGGUGUUAUCAGAAAUGAUCGGAGGCGUUCGAUGAGUAAUUGGUACUCGAAUUAUUUAUUCUUCACAAAUGACAGCGUUCCGCUACUGAAUUUAUCAAAAGAGUAAAUCGGCAUCGUGGAAAGAAACAUGACUUCUAUCAGUGAAAUUAAUUCGAUACCUAAAACGAAGAAACCAUCGGAUAGCGCAUUCAAACAACAGCGUUUACCUGCUUGGCAACCGAUACUUACUGCUGGAACUGUAUUACCAACGUUUUUUGUAAUUGGAAUUGCGUUUAUACCAGUUGGAAUUGGAUUACUUUAUUUUUCUGAUCAAGUCAAAGAAUACAUCAUAGAUUACACGGAGUGUAAUUCUACAAACAAAUUUCGUACACAGGAUGUGCCUUACAAAUGUACAGAUUAUAUAGUAGAAGUACCUAAUCAUGCUGAACCUUGUAUUUGUACAAUAGAAUUCAAAUUACCCUCUGAUUUUAAUGGAAAAAUUUAUAUGUACUAUGGUUUGACAAAUUUUUAUCAAAAUCACAGACGAUAUGUAAAAUCACGUGAUGAUAAUCAGUUGUUAGGAAAGUUGAGCGAUGAGGUUUCAGGUGACUGUGGACCAUUUGCUUUUGAUGCAAACAACACACCUAUUGUACCAUGUGGUGCUAUCGCUAAUUCAUUAUUCAGUGACGAAUUGGAAUUGUAUUCCAAAAAGCAUAAUGGACCUGUGCCAUUAAUAAAAACUGGUAUAGCUUGGCCCUCGGAUAAGAACAUUAAGUUUAGAAAUCCUGAGGGUAAUUUAACAGAAGCAUUUAAAGGUUAUGCGAAACCAAAGAAUUGGACUAAACAAAUUUAUGAGUUAGAUCUGAAGGAUGAAAGUAAUAAUGGUUUACAAAAUGAAGAUUUAAUUGUUUGGAUGAGAACUGCUGCCUUGCCCACUUUCAGAAAACUUUAUCGUAGGGUGAAUCACACAGAACAAGGUUUCUCUGAAGGAUUAGUGGAAGGGGACUAUAUACUUACUGUUAAGUAUUCAUAUCCUGUGUCUGCUUUUGAUGGCAAGAAAAGAAUGAUUUUGAGUACUACAUCUCUUCUUGGUGGAAAGAAUCCUUUUCUUGGUAUUGCUUAUAUAGUUGUAGGAUGUAUUUGUUUAGUGUUAGGUAUUACACUACUAAUAAUUCACAUCAAAUGCUCUAAAAGCAAACUAAUGUAAAGAUGACUGCAACAAAAUAUGCUUAGGGCACCGUAAUUGUUCUUUGCAACAGAGAUGAUCAAUGUGAGUCCAACUACACCGUACCAAGAAUAAUUAUACAUAAUUGUUACAAAUUUUGAAGAAGAUUACGGACAUUCUGCAUUUAAUUUGUAAGUGUUAAUAUAAAAUAAUUCAAUUUAGAUUUCGUGAAAUGUAAAUGUAUAAAGAGUUUUUUAGCAAAACAGACGACAGUUAAACAAAGAAAACUUCUUUAGUUUGCUGUUGAAAAAUGGAUAUAGAAAUAUUUUAAUAAAACGUCCUUUAUAUAGAAUACGAAUAUUAAUAAUGUAAACAUUAUUUAUGCACUGUAUAAUGUACAUGACUACAUGUUGCAGAAAUAUAAUUAACGGUAAACGGAUUUUUAAUUACUUAUGUAUCAUGCAUUUUUCAUGUACAUGUAUUAAGAUGCUCAGAGUAAUAGAAUCAAAACGUUUAUUUUCUUUUUUAAAAUCAAUAAAUCCAACGACUGAUGUAUCUAGACUUCUUUAUUAAAUAGUUCAGGCAUGUUGGUCUGUCUGAGUGUCUUAAUAUAUUGUUAAAUUUUACUUAAUUUGUACUAUUUCCUUAUGUAACAUACGUUGGAAUUAUCGUGUUAGUUUUACUCUAGUCACAAAUAAAUGUAUAAAUAUAUAAAUAAAAAGGUUCACAUAUUUAUUAAUAUA